UAAGAACAUAUACCAUUUUUAAGAAUAUAUAUUUUUUUUCCGGUGAGAACAUUUUGAGGGGAACAUCCACCCAGAGCAGGGUAUUCCCAAUGAACAUGGCACGUACACGUUCAUGCUUGGAUGAAGGUCAUCUGUCUCGAGUGAGACUAUAAUGUUUUUUGUUUUCUCCAACCACUGGAGAAGCUUCAUUUGGAACGUGCCCACAGUCCUCACACACCCGUUGUCCUUUCCCCGUUCAUCCGUACCGUUAAAAAAAAAGAAACAAACAAAAAAAUGACAUACAUGUUAGAGUGUCCCUGCACACAUCUGCAGCUGUGAUGGAACUCCGCUGGGCAAAUACUAACGGAUUAGUGGCGUCACAGCUUGAGAUGCGCGUGUCCCAUUAGUGGGGGUAGCAACAGAGAGGAACAAACGGAGAAUCAGCAAAGAACCCGAAGGCCGCACAAAAAUGGGCAUAUUUGAUAAAAUCCGGAGCGUCGAAAAAUUGAACGAAGCAGAGCUGAAGAACAUUGGAAAUGAACAAGCCUCCUGGCAUGACCAGUAUAAGGACUCCAGUUACAUCUACAUAGGCAACCUGGACAGGAGACUAACCGAAGGAGACAUCGUUAUCGUAUUUUCGCAAUUUGGCGAACCGAUAGACGUCAACCUGGUGCGCGACAAGGAGACAGGAAAAUCCAAGGGGUAUUGCUUCCUAUCAUACGAGGACCAGCGCAGCACAGUGCUAGCGGUGGAUAACUUCAACGGAUACAAGCUGCUGGAUCGGCCUCUAGUGGUUGACCACAUUUUAAAUUACAGGCUCCCCCAGGAAUAUGCCAACGACGAUGGACAAAACGAAUACAAGCCAACCGGCGCAGAGGGACAAGGAAUCGGCGUGUACAACGUUAUCGAGAGCGAAAUAAAUUUGACCAAGACGUUCGAAAAAAUACGGAAUAAACAGAGUGAGGAAAAACGGAAAAAACUGAUGGAUGAAGAUGAACUGUGGGCAUUAAACUUUGAAAAAUCAUUAAACAAAGGGGAUGGCAAAGGAGAAAAGGAGAGUGAAGAUCGGAGGUCCACUUCGUCCCACAACGUUACAGACAAAAGGAAGGGACGCCAUGGAGAGAGAUCCGUGUCGCCAAAAAGGUACAAACAGAGGGACAGAAAAAAUGACGAUGAUAGGACCCACAGACGUCAUAAGCAUAAGUCUCACCGUAGCAAAGGGAAAAAAUCUCGCAAACGUGAGCGGAGCUCACAUAGUAGCAGCAGCAGCGAUGGUAGCAGGAGGCGAGAUGAGAGGAGAAAAAGAAAAAGGCGACAUUAA